AUGUGUGAUAACGGAGACGCUGAGGAUAAGCCUCCUGCUCCACCGGUUCGCAUGAGCAGCACCAUCUUCAGCACCAGCUCUGGAAAAGACUCUCUCUCAGCCAACCAUAGCUCCAAACCUCUGCCCUCUGUCCCUGAAGAAAGGAAACCUCGCAACAAAAUCAUCUCAAUUUUUUCAGGGGCUGAGAAAAGUGGUAGAAAGAAGGACAGAGACAAAGAGCGUCCUGAGAUUUCUCCUCCUUCAGAUUUUGAACACACAAUCCAUGUUGGCUUUGAUGCUGUCACAGGAGAGUUUACUGGCAUGCCAGAGCAGUGGGCUCGGUUACUUCAGACGUCCAAUAUCACAAAGUCGGAACAGAAGAAAAACCCACAAGCUGUGCUCGAUGUUUUAAAAUUUUACGACUCCACAGGGAAUGGACGUCAAAAGUACCUCAGCUUAUCCUCUUCUGAAAAAGAUGCAUACACUCCAGGCCCCCAAUCUCCUGUUAAAAAAGGCACUGAACCUUCUCCAAAUAUUAAAGAUAUUGAUGAUGAUGAUGACGAUGAAACCCCUCCUCCAAUUGUGGCUCCGAGACCAGAGCAUACAAAAAGUGUGUAUACCCGCUCCGUUAUUGAUCCUAUUCCUGCUCCAAGCACUUGCCCUGAUGGUGAUGCAGCCUCUAAAGCAGCCGAUAGGCUGAAAAAGAAAAACAAAAUGUCUGACGAGGAGAUUAUGGACAAACUGCGAACCAUUGUCAGCAUUGGAGACCCUAAAAAGAAGUACACAAGAUAUGAGAAAAUAGGACAAGGUGCAUCAGGAACAGUAUUUACUGCCAUUGAUGUUGCAACUGGUCAAGAGGUGGCUAUCAAACAGAUCAACCUACAAAAACAGCCGAAGAAAGAACUGAUUAUCAAUGAGAUUUUGGUGAUGAAGGAACUGAAGAACCCAAACAUUGUCAACUUUUUAGAUAGUUUCCUAAUGGGGGAGGAGCUGUUUGUGGUGAUGGAGUAUUUGGCAGGAGGCUCAUUGACAGAUGUGGUGACAGAGACUUGUAUGGAUGAGGCUCAGAUCGCUGCUGUUUGCCGAGAGUGUUUACAAGCACUGGAAUUCCUGCAUGCCAAUCAGGUUAUCCAUAGAGACAUCAAAAGUGACAAUGUUUUACUCGGAAUGGAUGGCUCUGUUAAACUCACGGACUUUGGCUUCUGUGCACAAAUUACUCCAGAGCAGAGCAAGAGGAGCACCAUGGUGGGCACUCCCUACUGGAUGGCCCCAGAAGUAGUGACAAGAAAGGCCUAUGGACCCAAAGUAGACAUCUGGUCCCUGGGAAUCAUGGCCAUUGAGAUGGUCGAAGGAGAACCUCCGUAUCUAAAUGAAAACCCAUUGCGUGCAUUGUACCUUAUUGCAACAAAUGGCACUCCUGAACUUCAAAACCCAGAGAAGCUCUCUCCAGUCUUCAGAGACUUUCUUAAUCGUUGUCUUGAAAUGGAUGUGGAGAAAAGAGGUGGAGGCAAAGAGCUCCUGCAGCAUCCGUUCCUGAAGCUGGCUAAGCCUCUCUCCAGUCUCACACCUCUCAUUCUCGCAGCCAAGGAGGCCAUGAAAGGCAACCAUCUGGGGCCGGAAGUAUGCUUUGGACCGGAAACACGUGGCUUGAAAGAUAAAGAUGCUUACUUGCGACUUAACUUUCUAUAUCAGGCAGCGCACUGUGUUUUGGCCCAAAACCCGGACAACAUUGAGCUGGCACGUUUCUACUGCUUCACACAGAAGACCAUCGCCAGACGCUUGGUCCUCAGACAGGAUCCAUCAGUUAAAAGGACCUUAUGUAAGAAGUGUUGCUCCCUCCUCAUUCCAGGUGUCACAGCAACUACUCGACAGAAAAAAAAAAAGUGCAAGGCCCGCUUUACAGUGACGACAUGCCUCAGCUGUGGAGAAAAAAAGACAUUUCUGAAUAAUCCCGAAUAUGUUUUAUGGUGUGAUCGUCCAGAAGCCCAGCUGCAGCAACCCACAGACUCAACUUCUGGCUCAUCAGUUAAAAAUCAACAGAAAUCUAAGAACAACAGACUCUCUACUAAACCCAGUGAACCCCUGGUCAUAGUUGAGGGCUUGGAUGAAGCAGGACCCUCGACUGCAAGUUAG